CUCUCCGCAGAUGAACUAAUCAUGGAGUGAAAUCAAAUACAGCCAAAACUUCAUUCCACGCAAUACUUCAGAUUCUGUUUUUUCUUCUUCUUCGGGAAUUGUUCAAUACACACCGGCGAAAAUGGGAUCCAUUGCAGAAGACUACAACAAUUUUGCUCGAUACCAAGAUAUCUUUGGCCAGCUUCGUCUCUUGAAGAGCUACACCCAUUUCCUCCUCUGUUUUCCCAUUCCAGAAGGCACAUCGCACGACACGAUUGUUGAAGGGCUCAGAUCGGCAACCCUCAAGGUCACUUCAACAUUCCCAUGGCUCACGGGCAAAGUUAUCAACGAGGGCAGCGGGAAGGGGAGCUCAGGCCUCUUCAAAGUAGCCCACUGUCCACAAUGGGAGCCUCCAAACUCAAUUCUGCGGGUGAAAGAUUGUUCGCAUAUCUGCCCGUCUUUCGCUGAGAUUAUGAGAGAAAAGGGGCCCAUCAAAUUCUUUAAUCCAAAGGAUCUUGCUCCCACCGUUGCAUUUCCCCAGAGCUAUCAAGAGACAGAUGAUGAUCCAGCUUGUGUUUUUGCGCUGCAGGCAAACAUUGUUGAGGGAGGUCUACUGCUGGACAUUGCCGCACAGCAUAAUAUCAUGCCCGGCGGAGGAAUCCUCCAAUUUUUGUCACUUCUAUCGAAGGUGAUGAAUGGAGGCGAGAUCACUACCUUUGAGAUUGAGCAGGGAAAUCGAGACCGCCGAAACAUGGUGAAGCUGCUGGGGCCGGACGAACCUAUCAUUGAUCUCGGUCGUUACCGUCGGCCAUCACUUCUCGAGGCUUCCAUCCCCGCUGUGCCCGCGCCUCAUGGAAAAUGGUGCAUGUUCAGGUUCUCAGCCGCCAGUAUCAACGCCCUGAAGAAAAUGGCCAGUGACACAUCAAAGUUCGUUGAAGGUAUCACCUUUGUCUCGAGCAACGACACUCUCACCAGCUUCAUCUGGAAACGCAUUGCGGCCAUCCGCCUUCGUCGCAUGGUAGACCCAAAUGCCUCCUCCAAGUUUGUCAGGGCGGUUGAUGUCCGACCAACAAUGGGCGUGCCGAAUGAAUACAUGGGCCACAUGGUCUACAACACUUUCACGACGCUCACCAUGCGCGAGGUUGACGAGCUGCCCUUCCCAACGCUGGUGUCGUUGAUGCGGAAGAAUCUCCAGGAGGAUGUGAACGAGUAUGCCGUGCGAAGCUUUGUCACACUUCUCGAUCGCACCCCAGACAAAACCACAAUAAUGUACGGUGGCGAGAUGCAACCAGACACCGAUGUCGCCUUCACAUCUCUUGCUCAGUCAGACCUGUACAAUGUUAGCUUUGGUGCCUUAGGAAAGCCUGCUUUACUCAGAAGACCAAACUUCAUCCCUCGUACCACGACUUCCAUGAUCUUCCCCAAGGCACCGGAUGGUUCUUUAGAUGUGAUGGUGUGCUUGUCAGAGGAUGACCUGGACCAAUUAAAAGCUGAUCCUGUGUGGAGCUCUCAUACUGAACUCAUUGAUAAAGACUAGAUGGCAAAGUGAUUCGUAGUAUGAGAUUGAGGUAUUUUUUUUUGGAUGUCGAGCACAUUUUAUUUCCUACCUUAUGUAGAGAGCUGCA